UUGAAGAACUACGGGCUUGGUCAAAAGCCUCCUCUGUUACUAGAAGCCUCUUCUGUUGCUAAGCGGUAGCCCCCUCCGUCACCGAUAUCAUCCCGUGUCGGUAAUUCCGCGUCGACACCUACGCAAAGUCUACGCAUAGUAUCCCUUCAUACUAGGGGAGAGGACUAUUCAGCUGAAAUAUUCAGUUAUUUCCUUUCCCAAUAGUCAUCUCAAAAUGGCGGCACAGUCGACCCCUUCGGCAACACCAAAUCCUCAGUUUCAGAGGCAACCGAUGUCUUACUUAGAAGGCCCGGUAGAUCCCCCGUUAGUGGAUUUAACUCUGGGUGAACUUUUGGAUCUCCAAUGUCAACACCACGGCAGUCGAGAAUGCAUCGUCACGCCCUGGACUGGUGCCCGGUGGACGUACAAUGAGCUUAACCAGCAAAGCUCUCAGCUGGCAAGGACUCUGCUUUCGCUCGGAAUAGGCGUCGGAGACCGCGUUGGUAUUAUGGCUGGUAAUUGCGAGCAAUACGCUGCGGUAUUCUUCGCUGUAGCACGUAUUGGAGCCAUAUUGGUGAUAUUGAACAACACAUACACGCCAACGGAAGCAAUGCACGCGUUGAAAUUCUCAGCAUCAAAAAUAUUCUUCACUACGAAGAAAAUUGGGAAGUUGAGCAAUGCCAAGUUGUUGGCAGAACUGGCUAAGGAGAAGGAGGGUCCCAACGUUGUGAUCCUGAGAGGGGAGUCGGGGUCAUACCCGACAUACGCAGAUCUCAUCAAGCAAGGACGAUCGGCAAGCAAUAGCAAUGUUAACCGCGUUGCGAAGAAGGUUCUUGCGCAUAAUGUUUGCAAUCUGCAAUUCACGAGUGGUACCACAGGUCUGCCAAAGGCCGCCAUGUUGACGCACCAUAACAUCGUCAAUAACGCUCGCUUCAUCGGCGAUCGUAUGCGGUUCACUCCUGAUGAUAUUCUCUGUUGCCCACCGCCAAUGUUCCACUGCUUCGGCCUCGUGCUCGGCAUGAUGGCCGUCAUAACCCACGGGGCCAAAAUCGUGUACCCCGAGGAGACAUUCGACGCGGCCGCCGUCCUGCGCGCCAUCUCGGACGAGCGGUGCACGGCAGUUCACGGGGUACCUGCUAUGUUCGAUACCCUAUUUAGCCUUCCCUUCCCUCCUAAUUUCGACUGCACGAAUCUGCGCACGGGAAUCAUCGCCGGCGCCCCCGUGCCCCGUUAUCUCAUGGAGCUGCUAGUCGAGCGCUUCGGCAUGACCGAGUUCACCAGCAGCUACGGGCUAACCGAGGCCAGCCCGACGUGCUUCAACGCGUUCACGGACGACGCGAUCGAGAAGCGGCUGACGACGGUGGGCACGCUGAUGCCGCACGCGCGGGCCAAGAUCGUCGACCACGACGGGCAGACGGUGCCGCUGGGGGCGCGCGGCGAGCUGUGCAUCGCGGGGUAUCAGCUGCAGGCCGGGUACUGGAACAACUCGGAGAAGACGGCGGAGGUGAUGCAGCGGGACGCGGAAGGGGUGCUGUGGCUGCGGACGGGCGACGAGGCGGUGUUCGACGAGCAGGGGUACUGCAGCAUCACGGGCCGGUUCAAGGACAUCAUCAUCCGCGGCGGCGAGAACAUCUACCCGCUGGAGAUCGAGGAGCGGCUACUAGCGCACCCAGCCAUAGCGCGAGCCGUGGUUACAGGGCUGAAAGACGCGCAUUACGGAGAGGUGGUCGGCGCGUUCUUGCAGCUGGCUGACGAGUGGAAGACGGCGGCGAGAAAGGAAGGGGAUGGGGAAGAUAAUAAUAAACCGAGCGAUCAGCAGGUGCGUGAGUGGGUGCAGCAGAAGCUGGGUCGGCAUAAGGCACCGACGCACGUGUUCUGGCUAGGCGAGGAUGGCGUGCCGGCCGAUAUCCCGCUCACGGGCAGUGGGAAGGUGAAGAAAUUCGAGAUGGCGCGAUUUGGGGAGGAGAUCUUGAGGAAGAGACGUUUGGAGAAGCUGUAGGGAGAGUUAAAAGUUGGACUAUAAAGAAGUUUUGGAUUUAACCAGGUACCUAACCUAAGUUACAUUAAUAAAUUUAUUUAAAGUUUAGAGAUAGAGCAGGUUAUCUUAGGGCCUAGAUAAUUUGGUAUUAAGAUGAAUAGAGAUCACUGU